CCGAGGGACGCGCGGGGCUGUCGCUCCGUCCGCCCCUCCCCCGCCGCGGUCGGGAGGCCUUUCCCCGGAGAAGAUGGCGGAUCGGGCGGAGAUGUUUUCUCUUUCCACCUUUCACUCGCUGUCGCCACCAGGCUGCAGGGCUCCUCAGGACAUAAGCCUGGAAGAAUUUGAUGAUGAAGAUCUCUCUGAGAUCACCGACGACUGUGGCCUCGGCCUCAGCUACGAUUCAGACCACUGCGAGAAGGACAGCCUCAACCUGGGGCGAUCGGAGCAGCCACACCCCAUCUGCUCCUUCCAGGAUGACUUCCAGGAGUUUGAGAUGAUCGAUGACAAUGAAGAGGAGGAGGAGGAGGAGGAUGAAGAAGAGGAGGAUGGAGAUGGGGAGGGUGAGGAGGGAAGCCUCCCCAGCUCAGAUGAUCCUGCCCCAGAGGCCCUGAUCCCCUCUCCCUCUGCCAAUGAACCCCACAAGCACAGGCCCACCACUCUCCACUUGACUACCCUGGGAGCACAGGACUCCCUGAACAACAAUGGAGGCUUCGACCCCGCCCCCCCAGCCUCCUGGCAGGAGACCCUGCUGUGCUCACCCCCACAGGAGUCCCUCCAAGAGCCCCCCGGCGCCCUCGCGCCCACGGACACAAGUCCCUACGGGCCACAGUCCCCAGCGCGCCCAGGCUGUGACUGCGAAGGGAACCAGCCCGCGGACUCCGCAGCGCCAGGCGGGGCCUCGCCGUCCUCAGACCCUGGCAUCGAGGCCGACCUGGGGAGCCACUCGAGCGGGGGCCGUGGGGGCAGACGCAGCAGCCAGGAGCUGUCCACUCCGGGCUCCGACUCGGAGGACGCCGGCGGCUCGCGCCUGGGCCGUAUGAUCUCGUCCAUUUCGGAGACCGAGCUGGAGCUGAGCAGCGACGGUGGCAGCAGCAGCAGUGGCCGCUCUUCGCACCUCACCAACUCCAUUGAGGAGGCCUCGUCGCCGGCCUCGGAACCAGAGCCCGAACCCGAGCCCCCGUGCGAGCCCCCGCGCCGCCCCGCCUUCCUGCCAGUGGGUCCCGACGACACCAACAGCGAGUACGAGUCCGGGUCCGAGUCGGAACCCGACCUCAGCGAGGAUGCAGAUUCGCCCUGGCUGCUCAGCAACCUGGUGAGCCGCAUGAUCUCCGAGGGCUCCUCGCCCAUCCGCUGCCCGGGCCAGUGCCUAUCGCCGCGCCCGCCUGGGGAGUCCACGUCGCUGGCGGGUGGGGACACCGAGGCUACUGAAACAGCGGCACAAGUUGGUGUGGAGCUGGUGGACAUGGAGACGCUGUGCGGGCCGCCCCCACCCACACCCCCUGCACCCACCCGGCCCAGCCCAGCACAGCCCGGGCCCUGCCUCUUCCUUAGCAACCCCACGCGAGACACCAUCACACCGCUGUGGGCUGCGGUGGGCCGCGCUGCCCACCAGGGCCGCGCCUACUCAGCUGCCUGCUCCGAGGAGGAAGAGGAGGAGGAGGAUGACGCAGAGGACAACGCAGGGCCGCCUAGGAGCGGGAGCACGGGCCCCACAGUGCCGCGGGAUGCCUCGCUGGUAUAUGACGCGGUCAAGUACACGCUGGUGGUGGAUGAGCACACCCAGCUGGAGUUGGUGAGCCUGCGGCGCUGUGCUGGCCUUGGCGAGGACAGCGAGGACAGCGGAGGUGAGGCCAGCGAGGAGGAGGCCGGGGCUGGGCUGCUGGGCAGCAACGGAGGUGUGGACCUGGAGGAUGCAUCACCGGACAGCCCAGACCUUACCUUCUCCAAGAAGUUCCUCAACGUCUUUGUCAACAGCACAUCUCGAUCCUCCAGCACUGAGUCCUUUGGCCUUUUCUCCUGUCUGGUGAACGGUGAAGAGCGGGAACAAACCCACCGGGCUGUCUUCAGGUUCAUCCCUCGUCAUCCGGAUGAGCUGGAGUUGGAUGUGGAUGACCCCGUGCUGGUGGAGGCCGAGGAGGAUGACUUCUGGUUCCGUGGCUUCAACAUGAGGACAGGGGAGCGAGGAAUCUUCCCUGCCUUCUACGCCCACGCAGUGCCCGGCCCUGCCAAGGACCUGCUGGGGAGCAAGCGGAGUCCCUGCUGGGUGGACCGAUUCGACGUACAGUUCCUGGGCUCUGUGGAGGUGCCCUGUCACCAGGGCAAUGGCAUCCUCUGUGCAGCCAUGCAGAAGAUUGCCACAGCCCGGAAGCUGACCGUCCACCUGCGCCCUCCUGCCUCCUGUGACCUCGAGAUCUCCCUUCGGGGAGUCAAGCUGAGUUUGAGUGGAGGUGGAACUGAGUUUGAGCGCUGCAGCCACUUCUUCCAGAUGAAGAACAUCUCCUUCUGUGGCUGCCACCCCCGCAACAGCUGCUACUUCGGCUUCAUCACUAAGCACCCCCUGCUGAGUCGCUUCGCCUGCCACGUGUUUGUCUCCCAGGAGUCCAUGCGGCCUGUGGCGCAGAGUGUGGGCCGCGCCUUCCUGGAGUACUACCAAGAGCACCUGGAGUACGCCUGCCCCACAGAGGACAUCUACCUGGAGUAGCUGCCGCCCUCCUUCUCCACGCUGCCUCUACUGCUCCGGGCCAGCUGGGCUGAGGGGGUCUCAAGAGGCCUCAGUGGCUUUGGCAAGGACUAGGGGCACGUGGGACCUUAUGUUCAUGGGGUCUCUGGACUCCACUGGGAACUCCUUCCUCAUCCUCGUUCCCCAGACACAGCCUUUGGGGGCCACUGGAGAGGAGACCUCGGGUCUGCCCUGUCCCUUCCCCCCACUCUUUUCCUCUGACCCAGCCUUUCUCUCUGUGUCACCUUGUCCCUGUCUGCCCCUUGCAUUCUGAUCCUCUGUUCUUUUUGUGUGUCCUUCUGGGCCCUCUCUGUGCCUGUAUACCUGCCCUCUGCCCUCUGCCCUCAGGGUCGGCUCGGGGGCAAAACUGGGGCUAUGGGGGAAGGCAAGACUCUGGUGGCUGCAGACGUCGGCUCCCAAGUAGCCCCUGCCCCCCAUAAUUUAUAAAGGAAUUUUAAUUUUUAUAGAGACUCCCUAGGGUUCACCCUGUCCUUGACCACAGAGACAAGGAGAGGCCCUCACCUGCCCCACUUGGAGCUCAGGGGAAAGCAGGGGGAGUCCCCCAGAAGAGCCCUGGGGGACUAGGAGUGGCUCUUGAUGCCUACCCCAGGCUCCCAGACCUGCUAGAGGAGGGUGCCCCCGGGCCCAGCUCGUCCGCUUUGCGCUGCUAGCACCCCGGUCCAGUACGCCUGUACCCGCCCCAUGCUGUAUGUGGGCCCUGCCCACCAGCCUCAAUAAACUCUGCUUGGUGUGACCCUGGCUGUUCCUCAGGGGGUGUCCAUGCAAGGACCGAGGCCCCAGGAUGCCUGGGGUCAUGGGGGUCACUGAGGAAGACUCUCCUCCAAUGCUGGGUCAGGUGCUGUCCAUAGGGAGCGUCCUCAGGGACCCUCCUCAAAGUCACUUGAUGUACUGGCAGGGAAACUGAGGUGAAGAGGAAGAGGCCCCAUGGAGGCAGUACUAGGGCAGGAAGGGUGUGAGGGGGAGGAGGAGGGGCACCAUUAGGCUCACAUCAGUGGGAGGGACGUGAACUCUGUGGAAAGCAAUCUGCUUGGAUCUGAAAACAGGCCUUUUCAAAGCUCCCCCUGGUAAGCUGGAAGAAACAAGGGAUGAAUAUUCCACUUGUGCCCUAGAAGACUAGAUGCCACCCCCAGAUGAGCCCCGAGAUGGGUCCUCUCCCUGAUCCGUGGCCAGCACAGCACUGGGGUCACUGGGUCCCAGCGAAGGUCUGUGAGUUGAAAGGGUGAGCUCAGGAAAGCUGAUGCUGCUGCCAAUGAAAACUGUACAGCUCUUCACUCAAAUUAAAGGCAAGCAACUGAGGAACAGGUACAGCAUUGAGUGAUACGUGGUGUGCAGAAUGCAGCCCCUUGUCCUGCAUCCCGAGCGAGUGACAUCUGCCCUCAUGACUACAUGAGGGCUGCUGUGCUGCUGACCAUCGUGCUCAACUUCUAGGCAGGAGGAAGGGGCAAAGGAUGAAAGGCAAAAGGGGCAGGCAACCGGUGUUGCAGAAGCCCCCCGUCUUUGCUUAGACAA